AUGACCGUCGCAUCUGCGGGACUGCUGGGUGGUGGCGGCGGUGGUGGUCACGACGACAUUGGCUUGGCCUCGAUAUCAUAUGUCAAGACUCCUGUCGUGAGCGUCAAGUACGUGGCCAAACCAGUGGUCAGCUACGUGGCCAAGCCGGUGGCCACUGUUUCGCACUCCUUGAAGCCCGUGGUGACCUACACAAUUUCUGGGGGCCAUGGCGGAUACGGAGGCGGCGGAUUUGGAGGCGGUGGAUAUGGUGGAGGUGGUCACUCUGGUUGGCCUUGGUGGUGA